GGCGUGGCGUGGCCCCAGCAUUUCCUGGUACCGACCGGAGCCUAGGGCUGUAGAGUCUGGCUCGGUGCCCCGAAGUUCUCGUCGUAGGCCAGGUGGCCGUCACAGCAGGGGUUGACUUACCCUCAUGGAAGGGAGAGGACCCUACCGGAUCUACGACCCAGGGGGCAGCACGCCUCUGGGAGAGGCAUCAGCAGCUUUUGAACGCCUAGUGUUGGAGAAUACCCGGCUGAAGGGACAAAUACAAGGGAUAAAGACGUUAGGGGGACUUCUGGAAGAGUCACAGAUGGAAGCGUCCAGGCUCCGACAGAAGGCGGAGGAGCUGGUCAAGGACAGUGAACUGCCGCCACCGCCACCUGUGCCUUCCUUGGGCUCUUUUGAUCCCCUGACUGAGCUCACAGGACAGGAUGCACGGGUCCAGGUACAUGCUACCGCCACCACGACCACCACCACCAACACCACCGAAAACUCCAUGGAGAAGUCAGCACCAGCCUCUAAGACUCCAUCAAAUGGCACCUCUUCUGACUUUGAAGUGGUCCCCACUGAGGAGCAGAAUUCUCCACCCCAAACUGGCAGCCCUCCUAGGAACAUGAUGGAGCUGGGGCCCCCACCCCCAGAAGACAGCAACCUCAUGCUCCACCUGCAGCGCCUGGAGACCACCCUGAGCGUGUGUGCUGAGGAACCUGACCACAGCCAGCUUUUCACCCACCUGGGCCGCAUGGCCCUUGAGUUCAACAGAUUGGCCUCCAAGGUGCAUAAGAAUGAGCAGCGCACGGCCAUCCUGCAGACCUUGUGUGAGCAGCUGCGCCAGGAGAAUGAGGCCCUGAAGGCCAAGCUGGACAAGGGGUUGGAACAGCGGGAUCAGGCUGCUGAGAGACUGCUGGAGGAAAACAUGGAGCUUAAGAAGCUGUUGAUGAACAGCAGCUGCAAAGAGGGCCUCUGUAUGCAGCCCAGCUCCCCAAAGACAGAGGGUGCUGGCAAGAAGGGCAUAGCUGGACAGCAGCAGGCCGGUGUGAUGGCAGGUAAAGUCCCUGAGGUGGGGGUCUUGGGUACAGCCGAGAAGAAGGUGAAGAUACUGGAACAGCAACGCAUGGAGCUGCUGGAAGUGAACAAGCAGUGGGACCAGCACUUCCGGUCCAUGAAGCAGCAGUAUGAGCAGAAGAUCACAGAGCUCCGCCAGAAGCUGGUGGACCUGCAGAAACAGGUGACUGAGCUGGAGACUGAGCGUGAGCAGAAGCAGCGGGACUUUGAUCGGAAACUCCUCCUGGCCAAGUCAAAGAUCGAGGUAGAAGAGACCGACAAGGAACAGCUGACAGCAGAGGCCAAGGAGUUGCGCCAGAAGGUCAAGUACCUGCAGGAUCAGCUGAGCCCACUCACCCGGCAUCGCGAAUACCAGGAAAAGGAGAUCCAGCGGCUCAAUAAGGCUCUGGAGGAGGCUCUCAGCAUCCAGGCCUCUUCAUCUCCACCACCAGGUUAUGGGAGCCCAGAAGGGUCUGGGAGCCACCUGAGGAAGCAGGAGCUAGUGACACAGAAUGAGCUACUGAAACAGCAGGUAAAGAUCUUCGAGGAGGACUUCCAGAGGGAACGGAGUGACCGUGAACGAAUGAAUGAAGAGAAGGAAGAGUUGAAGAAGCAGGUGGAGAAGCUGCAGGCCCAGGUCACCCUGACAAAUGUCCAGCUCAAAGCACUCAAAGAUGAGGAGAAGGCCAGAGAAGCCCUCAAACAGCAGAAGAGGAAAGCGAAGGCCUCAGGAGAGCGCUACCACGUGGAACCCCACCCAGAGCACCUCUGCGGAGCCUAUCCCUAUGCCUACCCACCCAUGCCAGCCAUGGUGCCUCACCAUACCUACAAGGACUGGUCCCAGAUCCGCUACCCUCCACCCCCCAUGCCCAUGGAGCACCCACCCCCACUCCCCAACUCUCGCCUCUACCAUCUGCACCCAUCUUGUUGCAGUCAGAGUACACCUGGCGUCCACCCUGUGCAGGGAUUCAGAAUCCGACCUCCCAAGUGAUGGACCCGCCCCCGGACAGGCCUGCAGAACCAGAGUCUGCAAAACAUGACUGUGAGGGGCCUCAUUGAGACUGCAUUGGGUCAUUUGGCUCCACCUUCAUCUUGCAGAGCCAGCUGACCUCAGAUUGCCGAGAAACUAGAGGCCUUGUCAUAUUCUGUGUGGCCAGAGACUGGGAUGAACAGGUGACCCACACCCCCAGCCCCACCUUGAACUGUUUACAAGACCAGGGAGGCUACUUGCAAGGCCUCUACCAGGUGUGUCUGGAUGGAACUAGGAAAAGCUCAACACACCCUGCCUCUUGCCAAGACGAGGGGGCCUCACCUGGCUUUGACCUGCCCUCUUUUGCUGAGGCUACUGGCUAUCCAUCCUACAAGUGGGGUGCAAUGAAGACCCCUUCCUCUCAGAACCUCGAAGAACUGGUUCCAGGCUCUUCGGAGACCACGCCCAGUUCAUGUGCGUGUGUACUUUUUGCUUCAAGCUCAGUAGCUGGACCUGCCCCAUGCCCUCUCCAUACCCCUCCGAGAGGAAUUGUGGGAAGGGGGCUCUGUUGCAGAAGAGAACCAUGGGAUGUUCUGGUGUCAGCAUGCUCUCCACUGCAGCCAUGGCAGCCUCUUGAGAGCCACCAUCAUCUGGGAUGAAGGCCACACCAUCAUGUCUGCCUGAAGCUGCCCUCAGCCCCCCAGUUAGAUGUUCAUGGUGCCAGAGGUCUGUAUUUAGGUAGCUGUCUGUUGCUAGGCGGCUGUUUGCACAAAUCUUGGACAUAAAUCCAACUUGAGGAUCAA